UCGCGCACCGAGCCUGAAUAAACAUCACACACGCCUGCCGUGACUUGCAGGCUAUACUUCUAACAUAAAAUAACAUGAAUUUGCGACCUGCCGGAAAUCAAUCGUACAGUUGCUAGGCUGUGGCGCGGCUUGCUUACUUUGCCUCCCUCAUCCUCUCGCCUCGCUCGAGCUCACACACGGGCGCCGAGACUGCCGUUUCCCAAGCCAGAACAGACCUGACAAGACACGAAAAUCCCUCUAUUGUCACGUAUCUACUACUUCCUUUCAACGAGCUCCGAAUUUUUCAGUUGCGCCUCGUCUCGCAGAUCGCCAGCAGCCCCGGACCAAGCUCCAGAACAUGCAUCGAGACCGGUAGAUCCACGACCUCGCCCGUGUCGAUUGGUCGAUGAGGGCGGAUACAUUGACGACUGAACCCAACGACCGCUCGCUGUCAACCUCAAGAUGCGAAUCGGUAUUCGAGAGCAGCUAGGGGCAGUCAUACUGUUGACGUCCCUCGUUCCUCUCGCCGUGCUGUCUAUCGCUGUUUGGAUCAACAAUAAAAAUUUCGUGGUCAACAUUACAUCCCAGGAGCUCAGUCUUACAGCGAGCCUGAAAGCAUCCCAAAUUGCCUCGGAUCUGCUUCUCAUACAGUCAACAUGUGCGACCAUUACAACCAGAAUCCUGCUGAAUCAGGCGCUGAAGUCUUACUACAAGGGCAAUGGGACGUCCAUGAACUGGACUGCUGCACUUAAUGAUGUGUCUAGUGCACUAGAUAUGAGCUUAGAGACAUAUCGGGGGUGUCCUCAUAGUGACCAGCCCUGUACUGACCACAGUGCUCUCAGGCGGCGGCUUCUCGUCCUUACUCCAGAUCAUCGUCUUCUCACGAAAUUCGACCAUCGGCGGAAGUGGGAGGGAAAAUGCUUCGCUGGGACUCAUUAAGGCGACUGCGCCGAAUCCUGGGAUCCAAUUGCCUUCCCAGUACCCGAAUCUCACUUAUGCCAUGCUCGGUGACAAUACGGACCUUGGAUAUCCAACUGCAUUAUAUCCAAAUAUCACCUAUACACAGACCGACGAGCCUGAUUCAAUGGACCCUUCUGUUAACGCAACCAAAGCCGCAGCGUUCACUGAUCUUCCUCUAAACAGCACAUCAGAGCUUCUACUUGGUCCACUUCAGAUCAAUGAUUCGUACGCUCUAGUGUCACUUACGCUUCCCAUCACGGACAACUUAAAUCGGGGAAUCGUGCUAGGUUAUAUGACUGUUGUAGCUGCUGCGACAUCACUCAUUAGCGUUACACAGUCGCGCGAGGGUUUAGCUAAUACAGGAAUCGUAUUACUUAUAGGUCCUAGUCGACGAGAAAAUCUGUUUCGCUAUGAACAGCGGCCAUCUAAUGCAAAUUACGAAGCUGAUGCCGAAACCAUUGGCGGAGCCAAUGUGAAAUUCAUCUUUCCGCCGAAUUCAUUCCAAGGUCAGCGUAAUCGACAUGAAAGAUACCUCCAAAACCUCUCCGAAUUCGGAUCAUCUAAUUUCAGUCUCAAGUCAUAUCCAGCCGCAGUUGCUGGCUUCAGAAACUACCUUCCAGAUUCAGUCAACAAUGCCGAUAGCAGAUUGACGACACACAAUGAGCAGAAUGUCAGUGUUGCUGUUGGCUGGGCGAGACCACAGAGCACGCUCGUGUCGUGGCUACUCAUCGUGGAGCAAAGCCACGGUGAAGCCUGGUCACCGAUAAAACGACUUCAGACUAUUGUCCUCGCCUGUGUGUUCGGCACUAUCGGCCUGAUAUUGAUUGUGGUCCUUCCUAUGGCUCAUUACAGCGUCCGUCCGAUUCGAAGACUACGAGAUGCAACAGAAAAAUCUAUUGCACCACCUGGGUACACUCCCAAUGGAAGCAUCCGAACUGAGAGGGAGGAACACGACAUGUCAGGGGAUGAAAUGGGUGAACUUGAGCGCCCGAACAGCACUUCUCAACCAUCCAACAAAGGCUUGUUUUUGAGACUCAAACACCUAACACCCGGAUCAAGACGGAAGACCAUCAUUGAACGACAUGAGGAUGAGCGGAGACGAGUGUUCAAAAUUCCAGGAAAAGUGCGAGACCGAAAGCAUUUCAUCACGGAUGAACUGACAGAGCUGACCAGCACUUUCAACGACAUGUCUGACGAGCUUAUGCUCCAAUAUUCCAGCCUCGAGCAGAAGGUAGCCGAACGGACGGCCGAGCUAGAGAUCAGCAAGAGAGCAGCCGAGGCUGCCAACGAGAGCAAGACACUUUUCAUCGCCAAUAUCUCGCACGAACUGAAAACUCCUCUGAAUGGCAUUCUUGGCAUGUGUGCCGUUUGCAUGGGUGAGGAUGAUCUCCCUAAAAUCAAACGCAGUCUGGGAAUAGUCUACAAGUCCGGAGACCUGCUAUUGCAUCUGCUCAACGAUCUACUGCUGUUCAGCAAAAAUCAAAUUGGUCAACAGUUGAGCUUGGAGGAGCGAGAGUUUCGGUUGUCCGACGUCAAGACUCAGAUACUUACCAUCUUUGCCAAGCAAGUCCAAGAGGGCAAAAUCGAUUUCAGCGUAAAGUUUUUGAGCACUGAUGCAGAGCCAGUCGUAGAGCCUGCCACGGAGAAGCCAUUGCCAGCUCUUGGCCCUGCCGGAAUCGGAAGACUAAAAGAUCUUUUUCUCUGGGGUGAUCAGCACCGUAUUCUCCAGGUUAUCAUCAAUUUGGUUAGUAACAGCCUGAAAUUCACCCCCGAAGGUGGAAAGGUGGAGGUUCGUAUCAAGUGUCUCGGCGAGGCGGAAGCACUGUCCGACGGGAGUAGGAAUUCUAUGGGAUCGAAACAGAGCAGCCAGCGCAAUUCCAGAAACCGGCAACGGAAUGAUUCUGGUUCAAAUACGUCACAGGUUUCGAGGAAACCGUCAAACUCGUCACAACCAGCCAUGGGGACGGCUUUACAGAUAAACCCGAUGGAUCCGAAGGUAACCCCAAGAAUACAAUAUCGCGAGCGGUCACGCUCUCCUCCUCCACUUAAUGCACGGACCUUAAUGUUUCAAUUUGAAGUCGAAGACACUGGCCCUGGUAUUCCGGAGCAGCUUAAGGAUCGAGUUUUUGAACCUUUCGUUCAGGGCGACUUGGGAUUGAGCAAAAAAUACGGUGGAACUGGCCUGGGCCUAAGUAUUUGUUCGCAACUGGCUGGCUUGAUGGGAGGCACUAUAACACUCACCGAUGUUGAACCUCAUGGAUCAACAUUUACGAUGAGGAUACCUUUGAAGCAUACGAAAUCCCGGGCACCAUCGACGUCGAGUACAGAUCCCCAGGGAUCGAGACCUCCGAGUACUUAUAGCAACACUGACGGCAAUCGUCCCACCUCCAAAACACCGGGAGAUGCCAGUCCCAAACCAGGAUUUGAGAAGGAUUCGCAGCCACGUCUCGUUGGACUCAGCCAACCGUUCUUUGCUUCGGCAUCAGCGCACUCACCUCCUGGGAAGACCUCCAGUGACCAAAUAACCGCGCUGUCAAAGGCAGCUGGUAAAGAACCAGGAUCGAAACUCAGAGUACUUGUGGCAGAGGAUAACCUGAUAAAUAUUGAAAUCGUCCUCCGUAUGCUUAAACUGGAAGAUAUCUAUGAUGUCGUGAUUGCAAAGGAUGGCCAGGAAGCAUACGAUAAAGUCAAGGAGAGCAUGUCGAAGGGUGAAUUCUUUGACUUGAUCUUCAUGGACGUCCAAAUGCCAAAUCUUGAUGGUCUCCAAAGUACCCGACUCAUCCGCCAAAUGGGUUAUUCUGCCCCUAUAGUCGCACUCACUGCAUUUGCCGAGGAGAGCAAUGUCAAAGAUUGUUAUGAUUCUGGAAUGGAUAUGUUUCUCAGUAAACCUAUUAGACGCCCAGCCCUGAAGCAAGUCUUGAAAAAGUUUGCAACCAUCCCCGAAGAGACGGAGACAUCAUCUGUCACAAACAAGAGCAGCUCAUCGCUCUCCGAAGUUGGUCCGUCAGGCUCAUCAACCAAUCUCGAUCAGCCAACGGAAUUGACAGAACCAACCUUAAAUGGAACCUGCCCACGGAAAUGAGAUCUAAAGGUGCGACCGGCACAUUCGAUUCUACCAGUUAAUUUGUUGUCCAACCAAUAUGGCCAGAAACAACAAAUCUUGAAAGAAAGGCUUUUUAAUGUUUAAGACUACCCACGAUUUCUCUUUGUCAGCAAAAACGACCGGCGCAUUUGGGUGAUUGUGGAAGGGCAGCAUACUUGCAGGAUACCAAAACGGAUAUUGGUUUAAUAUCGUCGGCUUUUUUGUUUGUAACUUGGGGCAACAGCCUUUUUUUUUCGUUCUCGUUAUAGCAUCGCAGAGACGAUGUCUUUAGUAACCUGGCCUCUCACGUGUACAUAAGGGAAAAGGUUGGCGUCUAAUAAUCCAGGGAUGCAGAAGAUGGCUAGAGCUUCUGGUGUGGGAAUGUAAGACUUUGAUGACGAGCAUAAUGAUUCAGUGCUAUGGAGGAGAUCUUCGGCAAUGGGAAAGUAGGAACCGUAGUGAUAUGUUUCUGGCUUCCUCAGCCAUGUGUACUGUUUCUCCAACACGUCAUGUCCCAAGGAUCAACCAAACACGAUACUGUGGGUCAGCUUCCUCCUCCCAUACUGGUGUUCCCCGCACUUCACGAAAGGCAAGAAUGACAAGAUGCAUGACAGAGGGCAGGAUUGGCAGUGCAGCUGCCACAGCAUCGACGAUCUCUUGUUCAAUGUAUGGUUGCCAUUGGAAAGUUUUCCAAAGAACGCAACAUAAGAUGGAGCGAGGUCAGACGCACUUGGCAGCAGGAAGAGGAGAGGGUGCCAGUGCGCUUGGAGCUUGCUCUCCCACGCUUCCGAAUCGUCCGCGUGAUCUGGGAGAUGAGAAACGACCUGGAGUGCCAUGCCAUGUACCUAGGUAGCAUAGCGAGCAUUGUACGGGUCGGGGUCAUAUCUUACUGCAGGCCAAACUUCACCUUCUCGGAAUUUUCACGAGGCAGGACCCUCUUUUUGGUAACGUGAGCCUGAAAUUCGCAGCAGCAGCAUCAACGGCAGGCUUCGGCAGUAGGUACCUAUACCUAUACCUCCUAAUAGGUACUCCUAGGUACUCCCACCAGCCCCUACUCCUCAGGUGAGGAACUCGACGGGAUGCUGCCAGCACCACACGGUCACCUGACAGGUAGGUAAGUAAGGCAGCAUGGAGGUACCUCCCAAGGGAUGACGAAUUACCUACCUUACGGAGAGACUGGACUGGACUGGACUGGACUGGUGCCCAGAAAGAGCGCACUUUCUAUCUCUCUCGCAGCUGGUAAUUUACGAAUAUAAUACUCCACUCCUCUUUAGGACAAAGAUCCCGAGAAAGCAGCGAGCCUCACCUUACCAGCUUACCAUACCAUACCAUACCAUACCAUACCAUACCAUACGGUCCAUACCACACCUUGCCUUCCAUUGCUCUGCCAGCGGAGAUGCGGAUGCGCACUAUCGCCAUCGGCCCCAGUGCCAGAGCUGAAGUGCCACUCAGAGAAGGCUUUAUCAACUAUCAACCAACGAUGAUGCGACCUGCCUGCUUUUUGCUUUGGGCAAUUUCUUGUUCUCCGAGUUCCCCUCCCUUCCCUAGAAAUCCGUGUUUGCGAGCUUUGUCCGAGGGACCGGCACAUACCUUACCUACCGACCUAUCCUACCUAGUCACCUAGUCUACUCUAGUAACUUUGGGCCAGCUAAGUAGGUAAAUUACUACAGUAGCGAGAGGCAGCCCAGAUACCCCGCCAUGGCUGUCCAUGGACAAUACUCGUAGACCAUACGAGUAGGUACAGUAGUCCCAUCCAUACCUACCUACCUUACCUUACCUACCGGUUCAUACAGUAAAUUUACCAGUACAGUAGCGUACCUAGCACAGCAUGGAUAUUUUGAGCUCAAUACAAACUUAAUCGACCCCGACCAGCAGCACCACCUCACCUCACCUCACUUCACCGGCACUACUACCUCCACACCACCCCACUACCCGAUUGCCAGUGCCCAGUACCAGUGCCCCCCCCUCCCCCCCCC